AUGUCUGGUAAGAUGCUAUUGUACGACACCGCGAGCGACAAGAUUCUUGAUCAAAGGAAGGAUCACUCCAAAUAUGUCGUCAAGAUAGCAAGCUGCUCAAUUCACGGUUCUGUCAUUGUAGCAAGCGCAGGAUGGGACUCGAAGGUGUUCCUCUAUCGAGUCGACGUGGAUGGAGAUAGCCCACACAUAGGGGAGCCCUUGGCGACCCUCACACUAUCAAGCAUCCCGGAAACCAUACUUUUCGUCAGGUCCCCCGAAGAUGGUUCUCCAAUUCUUUUGGUGGCUCGCAGGGAUUCCACGUUCCUCUAUUAUUAUUCGGUCCCUGACCUCAAUACUGCAAGUUUCAAUCUCCUCGGAAAGCAGAAUCUGGCUCCACACUCCAACGCGUGGGUGGCGUUCACGCCGGCGGACGUCCAGACAUGCCCUACUGAUCCAUCUGUAGUUGCCGUUGCAACUUCGUCAACGCCGCACAUGAAACUGCUCAUAGUGAAGCUUUUGCUUCCGCCAGCACGACCUGUAGGAAUUGAUCCCGACACCGAUGUGGAAGCAGCUGCGUCAGUUGCAGUCACACAAGCGUCACAAGCGCGUGCUGAGCUCCUAGUUUCAGACAGAGAAGAAGCAGCCAUACUAGUUAACGUGUCAACUAUGGCACCUCAGACUGCGUAUUCCACCCCUCGACUGACCUGGCGCCCUGAUGGCUCAGGCUUGCAUGUCAGCUCAGAUGACGGCGUUGUUCGUGGCUUUGAAACAAGUAGUGGCAAGCUCACUGUGUCUUUGGAGGGCCACGAGCCAGGUUCGAAGAUCCGCUGUCUCUGGAGCGGCUAUCUUCGAGCACGUAAUAGUGGAAACGCCGAUUUAAUCAGCGACCAGGAAUUUGCCAUCAGUGGUGGGUUUGAUCAGAAACUGAUACUCUGGAGCCUUUAG